GCUAUUAAUUUCCAACUUUUUGUCCCUCUGGACUUCAGACCUAUCACUAGUCACUAUUUGUGGUGCUGAUGUGGUGGCAGCUGGCAGCUACCUCUCCCUGCUUUCCUGUUCCUUCCCUUUUAAGUCUUGGAUUUGAGGCCUUUCAUCUCCUGCAGCCUCAAACAAGCCAGGGAAACACAUCUCGCAACCGUGGGCAGCCAUCGCCAACAGGCCUGGAGGGUCUGGAGGCCAUUUCGAGCUUGCAGAAGGUGCUGGAGUGGCUUGAAGUGCAUGUUCCCAAUGAUCCAGAGGCCUUGGCCAAGGUGGAUGAGGACUAUGAAAACGAGACUGACAACGAGCAGCUCCAUGAGAUAUUGGAAGAGGACAUCACAUCUCCAGUGCCCUCAGACAUAUGGGAGGACUACAGCCAAAGACAGGAGUCCCAAGACAUGUCAGAAGUGGUCAGUGACCAAGAGCUGUUUCAACGGGAAGAAGAUGAGAGCACAGCAGCAACAAGAGAGGCUAUCAGCAAACUGCAGAGCACAUCUCCUGCCCUGUUUGGUCCCAUGGACACCAAAGAUGAGCCUGCCAUGUCCCCAACACAAGCAUCACAGCAGCGAGGGGAGACUGGUCACACCACACCCACAAGCAUUGGCCAUGAACAAUCUGUUUCUCCCUGGAAAGUGCCCUUAGUGCCAGGAUUGCAGGCAGGAGCUUGCCUGUCGCCCUCACAGUCCCCUGGGGACAGAUCUCCUUCCCUCACAGCCAGUCACACCACGGUGCAACAGCAGCGACAGUCCCUGUUCAGGAGGGCACUCAGGGCUGUGUGCAGGGUAUUCCUUGGCACCCACCACCCACAGGAGCAGGAGCAGUAGUGCCCUGCUCCUAGCAGCAGGCAGGUACCUGGAGACAGCUGCUCUGAUCCUCAGCAGUGGCCUCUGAGAGAGUGACACGGGGAAGCACAGCAGGGAUGGAUGCAGGGCCAGUUCUUCAGGCAUCUGGCUGUCCCCAGGCCAUCCUGCUGCCAGAUUGUUCUUGGCCAUGUCUUUGUGACACCAGUCUGUGAUUCCCCUUCAGACAUUAUGAUUAGAUCUAGUUCAUUUUUAUUACACAUAUUUUGCAAAUAGACUGUGUUCUAUAUGUACUUGUAUAUGAUAUGUUAUAAUUUUUCUUCAAUAAAACUGUCAG